AUGCUGAACAUCAAUCAUAAAUUUCGAUCAUGUAUUGGAAAAAAUAAAAUUUUGUCAUCAAAUGAUAAUGUUCUGGUUUGUCUCACUGGUGGCAAAAGUUCUGCAGUAUUACUCGAUUUGAUUUCUAAUGGUUUAUCUCAAGAUAGCCACAAAAAAUUAAGAAUAGUUCCCUUUUUCCUACAUAUAACAGGACUAGGCGAAAAAGAAAACGAUAUUAAAGUUGCAGAAUUGGUAAUAAAACAGUGUCAGAGUUAUAAUUUUAAUGUUUACAUUGUAAAUAUCUGUGAGUACUACUUUCAAAGCAAUAAUACAUUGCCAAGUGUAAAUAAUGUAACAGAUGCAAAUAACUGGACUAAACUUAAUCCAAAUACUAAUCUAAAAAAUAUUUUGAGCAAAAUGACAUCUACAUCCAGUAAUGAUAUUGAAAUGAAAAUAAAACAUGACAUAUUCAUUAGAGCAGCAAAACAACUUAAAUGUGAUUAUAUAUUUACUGCUGAAACAACAACAACUUUAGCUGUAAACCUAUUAUCUAAUCUUGCAAUUGGACGUGGGUCACAGGUACAAGAUGACAUAGGUUUCUUUGACAAUCGUGAUGAAAAUAUAAAAAUUUUGAGGCCAAUGAAAGACAUUACAGAAGAGGAACUGCAUCACUAUAUUCAAAUCAAGGAUCUUAUCCAAAUUUCUGUAGAAUCUAUUAGAGGCAAUAGCCUUCAGUCUGUCAUCAAAACUUUUGUAUCUGACUUACAAGAAAACUUUCCAGCUACAGUGUCCACACUAUGCAAAACAGCAGAUAAAAUAGGCUCUGUUGAUAAAAAUAUAAAUAAAUGUAAAUUUUGUAAGAGUAAUCUCCCUAAGAAAAGUGAUAAGAUUACAGCAGUAAAUGCAACUAUUUUUUCAAGAACAGUAUCAAAUGGACAGCCCAUUAAUGCCAAUAUGAAUACAGGUUCAGAGGAUGAAGAGGAUAUAAAGAUGUCAUUGUUUCCCUUUAUUGAUACUCACUUUUGUUAUUGCUGUAGUAAGAACUAUUUAGAAGCGGGAUUGCAUGAUAAUAAUUUAUUUAAAGUUAGCGGGUCAGAAAACUUAUGA